GUCGAGGGUUUAAAGUUCAAAGAAUCUCAUAUAUUAGAAAAUACUAAGCUAUGGAAUAAAGUAGGGAGGAUGCCUCGACCUUUAGUAUUAUUCCGCCCAAGCAAUUCCGGCUUAGCUUCGUUUUGUGCCUGUUUCCGAUAUCCUGUCCUUGGCAGAUCAUGCCCUUACGCCAGCCGUCACAGAGGGUGUGGUGCACGGACCAAAAAUCGGCCACUUUUCUCUCGUAUGAAGAGAACACCUUGCGAUUACUUUUUCCCGCCGGGAGCCAUCCAAAGUUUCUUUGCGAACCGACAGUUUUUGCCUAAUAUAUCACAUAUCACGCAUCCUGAAAGGCAGCCAGCUACUAUUUCCACCAUAGGUAAUGCCCCAAUUGGUCGAUUUGAUGCCGAGCUAACACCCACAGGGUCAAAAAACCCCUGCCGCUGUCUGCAUGCAGCCAUACCCAACCAGCCACGUCGAGCCGAACAGCCUAAAGGGAAGCCUUACCACAGCACGCGUGCCCGAUUUACUAGACGAGACAUAGAGGAUGGUUAGUUCUCGGAAUGAAGAGAGCGCCAGUAGGAGCCUUCAAUGACAAGCUAUUCUGCGAAUACCAGCCGCCCUCGAAGAGUAAAAAGAGGACCAUCUUCGUGUGGACGUGCGUACGACCCCUCUGACUCCUAAUAUUCGACGGUAUGCGGGCUCACCGAAAAGAAGUGCUCCUGUGGACAGACCA